CCGCCCCUCCUCGACCCCCCGCAACGGCUCCAACGGCCAUGCGCGUGCCCGCCUUGGAGCGGAGCGGGGCGGGGUCGCCCUCCCCUUCCGUCCGGAGCGAUGGCGAGCGGGGUUAUUAAAUGCAGGGCUGCUGUUGCCUGGGAGGCAGGUAAACCUCUCUCUCUUGAGGAGGUAGAGGUUGCUCCACCAAAAGCUCAUGAAGUCCGCAUCAAGAUAGUUGCCACUGCUGUCUGUCACACUGAUGCCUAUACACUGAGUGGUGCUGAUCCUGAAGGAUGCUUCCCUGUGAUUUUGGGUCAUGAGGGAGCAGGAAUUGUGGAGAGCGUUGGGGAAGGAGUAACAAAAGUAAAGCCAGGGGAUACCGUUAUCCCUCUGUACAUCCCCCAGUGUGGUGAGUGCAAAUUCUGCAAGAAUCCUAAAACUAAUCUGUGUCAAAAGAUAAGAGUUACUCAAGGGAAAGGACUCAUGCCUGAUGGUACCAGCAGAUUCACCUGCAAAGGAAAGCAGAUUUACCACUUCAUGGGAACGAGCACCUUCUCGGAGUACACGGUGGUGGCUGACAUCUCCGUAGCUAAGAUAGACGCUGCAGCACCUCUCGAUAAAGUGUGUCUGCUGGGCUGUGGCAUCUCUACUGGCUAUGGGGCUGUUGUUAACACUGCCAAGGUGGAACCUGGCUCCACGUGUGCUGUCUUUGGUUUAGGAGGAGUUGGGCUGGCAGUUAUUAUGGGCUGUAAAGUUGCGGGGGCAUCCCGGAUCAUUGGCAUUGACAUUAACAAGGAUAAGUAUGCCAAAGCCAAGGAGUUUGGAGCUACCGAGUGCAUUAACCCUCAAGACUUCAAGAAACCCAUCCAGGAGGUGCUGGUUGAAAUGACCGAUGGUGGCGUAGACUACUCCUUUGAGUGCAUCGGUAACGUUGGAGUCAUGAGGGCUGCCCUGGAAGCCUGUCACAAGGGCUGGGGAGUCAGUGUGAUUGUUGGAGUGGCUGCCUCUGGUCAGGAGAUCUCUACGCGGCCAUUCCAGCUAGUAACGGGGCGGACGUGGAAAGGGACCGCAUUUGGAGGCUGGAAGAGCGUAGACAAUGUGCCUAAACUGGUGACUGACUACAUGUCCAAAAAGAUCAAAGUGGAUGAAUUUGUGACUCACACCCUGCCUUUUGACAAAAUUAACGAGGCCUUUGAGCUGAUGCAUACAGGAAAGAGCAUUCGAACAGUCCUAAAGUUUUAGAGACAAACGUGGACCUUCCUGCCAGCCAGCCACAUGGUAACUGUUAUUUUAUAAUGGAGCUUCUGAUAGAAGGUAGAAUCAGGUAAAUGCAAACUCACCAGGACGAGGAAGAUGAUAGAUUUUAGGGUGAUCAUGAUGAAUAUUAAAUAACCGUUUCUUCUGAAAAAAAAAACAAUCAGUAACCACUGGGGAGUGUUACAUAAUUAACACUGAUGUUGGAACUUCUAUUUCUGUACCUGUUCCUCAAAUUCAAUAAUGCUUAACUCAAUCUACUUAAUAAAAGCUUAUUUCUAAACAGAGU